AUGUCUCUUUAUCCUACAUUGCAACAUGCACCACACCCAUCCCAACAACAACAACAACAGCAACAACAACAACAAGAACAAAAUAAUGUAUUAUAUGCAGGUUGGUUACAAAAAAAAGGAGAUAAAGGUGUAGUAUUGUUAUGGAAAAAAAGAUAUUUUAUUGUAGACAAAAAAAGUAUUAGAUAUUUUACUGAUCAAACACAACAAGAACAAAAAGGUUCUAUAACAUGGGAGACUAUUUCUGGUAUAGAAUUUACAAAUAGUGCUUUAUGGAAUGACUGUCGAUAUUUUCAAAUAGAAACUGUUUCAAAAAGAGUUUAUUAUUUAUUUACAGAGGACCAAGUAGUUUCAUUAGAUUGGGUAACAAAUCUUCAAAAAAUAUGGAAUUUCUAUAAACAAUCCAUAGCUUUAUUAGGUAAUAAUAGUAGUAAUAAUAAUGAAAACAACACCAGCAGUAAUGUUUAUGAUAGUUUGGAUAAUAACUAUAAGAAUAAUGUAAAUAAUUUCGAUAAAGCAUCAGCAGCAGCUUCACCAACUAACAGCGACAGCAGUAAUGGUAGUGUAAAUAGUAAUAAUAAUAAUAAUAAUGUAAACAACUAUGGUUUUGAUGAUUUCAAUAACAAUAGUAGUAAUGGCCAAUACAAACAAUAUAAAGACUUUUUAAAUUAUUCACAACCAUAUUAUAAUCAUUUUUAUGACAAUAUUGGCAAGCCAAUCCAACAACAAAGCGAUUCUUUAUUAAAUGUACCACCACGUCCACCAGGGCCAUUACGUGAAUUAAAUCAAGAGUUAGUUAAAGAGAUUUUACCAAUGGAAGGAAAAGAUUUAGAAUUUUAUUAUCAAUCUACAGUUCAUUUUAGUAAUUUAUUAUUGACAAGUGGCACUGACUAUAUUUUAUUAUCGUGUUAUUUAAUACUCAGUAUAUUAGAUUGGGAUAAUAAAAAAACUCAACCAUUACCAUAUGCAUGUACUCCACCUUAUGAAAGUGAUAUUGUUUUUCCAUAUUUUACAUAUACAAUUCAAUUGGUUAGAAAUGAAAUUUUAAAUAAAUGGCCACAACAAGGACCAACCUAUUGUACACAAAUCGAUUUAUUUUCAAAAAAGAAAAGAAAGAAUUUUCCAUUGUUAUUAGAAAAUGAAGAUAGAGAAACCUUUUUACAAAGAAAUUUAUUAUUACUCAAUUAUAUUUUGAAAUCAUUAUUAACAGGUAACAGAAUGGCAACUAUUGAGGACUCUGUUUGUGUUUUAAUUGAUAGAUUUUUAGAAAACUAUGAAUCUUUACCAUCUUACAAGUAUGGAAACUUCCUUUGGAAAGAGAUUGAACAGGGAUCAGAUCAAAAUGGUGAAACCUCAAGCAAGGAUAAAUUAACCAUCAAAAAUAUUCUCACUGCCUAUCUUCUAUAUCAGAAACUUCAUUUAGAAAAGAAAAACAAUACAAGACUUCAAUUUGAUUCCCUAAUGACACAACGUUAUGAUAGUGUAGGUCACAAAUUUUCACAACAACUUCACCAAUUCCCAUUACUCGCCCCAUAUCAAGGUCACAUUCAAAGAACAAUAGUUAGAAUAUUCUUUUUAUGGCAAAAAGAUUUACCAUUGUGUGAAACCACCUCAACCUAUGAUGUCUCAAUUUAUAGAAAUUAUAAAGUUUUCUCAAGAAUGCUUCAAAAAACCAACCACAAUUUCCCACAACUCCAAUCAGCCAUUAAAGAAGUUAGAGACUCAUUAUUUAAAAUUAUAGAAAACCAAAUGGGUUCAUUUGAUAUAAAUAAUAUUGACUCAACUUCUCUUGAUAGUAUUAUUAAUAAUUAA